GGAGAAGGAGAAGCAGGAGACGGAGACGUACAAGGAGAGCCAGAAGAAGGUGAUGGUGAAGGCGAUGAAGUGCGGCAUUGAGAUAGUCAUUUCCAAGGCGUCUGCCAGCGGCAGCUCGGUGACAGCCACGGCUUCCUUCACAGUCAAGGCCUCGCCCAAGUGGUGGACUCCUCAUCCCCAUUUGCAGAGAACCAGCGCCGCCGGCGACGUUUCCAGAUCUUCCAGCUCUGCCACUCCCACUUCCACUCCCACUGUGGCCACCAGCAAGCCCACCACUACCUCCUCCUCCGAGUCCAAUGGACCCUCCCAUAACAAGAACGAAAAGGGAAAGCGCGCCGUCGCCAACGCUUACAACGACGACCCCCACCGCGCACAAACGGUUCUCCCCGGCAUCUUGGAAAUCCACCUCACGCCCGAGGAAGCCAAGCCGGAACUGAUGGACGCCAAAUACGACUACUGGGAGUUCAAGACUCCACCCGACCUCUAUGUGGUCUCGGACCAAGACUCGCCCUUCAACCCGUAUGCGGGAGCGCGAGAGAAGAGGAAGCAGGAGGCGGAGGAGGCCGAACGCAAAAGGAAGGCGCAGGAGGAACACGAC